AGGGCCUUAGUUCAGUUAGAAUAAACGGCCUCAAUCAUUGCCAGGCAUUAUGCUGCUUGGCAUACUUGUGACCCUGAUUGUGGGGACAGUCAUCUACUAUUACUUCCUUUCCAAGAAGAAACAAGACACUUUACCCUUUAAAGAGGGAUGGUGGGGCAGGGGACAAAAGCCUGACACUGAAGAAGAUGCAGCUAUUCGACCAUUUAAGGUGGAAACUAUCGAGGAAGAGCUGAGUGACUUAUUUAGGAGACUCGACCAAGCUCGAUUCACUGAGCCACUGGAGAACAGUUGUUUCCAGUAUGGGAUUAAUUCAGUAUAUCUCAAGAAGGUUGUCUCCUAUUGGAAGAAUCAGUUCAACUGGAAGAAACAAGUCAAAGUUCUCAAUAAAUACCCACACUUCAAAACUAAAAUUCAAGGUAUCGAUAUCCAUUUCGUUCAUGUAAAGCCUCCUCGCCUGCCAGUAGGCCAGUCUGCAAAGCCAUUAUUAAUGGUUCAYGGUUGGCCAGGCUCAUUUUAUGAGUUUUACAAGAUUAUCCCUCUUCUGACGGACCCUGCUAGCCACGGUCUCAGCGCUGAGCACGUUUUUGAAGUCAUUUGCCCAUCUAUCCCUGGCUACGGCUUCUCCGAAGCCCCCCACAAGAAAGACUUUAAUUCUGUAAGUGCAGCUUCUGUCUUCUAUGAACUGAUGCUCAGACUGGGAUUCACUGAGUUCUAUGCACAAGGUGGUGACUGGGGCUGGCUCAUCUGCACCAGUCUGGCCCAGAUUGCUCCCAACAAUAUGAAAGGCCUUCACUUAAAUUUAGUCCAAGUUUCAUUAGGCUUCAGCCAUGUGCUCUCCGUUCUGCUGGGACACUAUUUUCCAGGGCUCGUUGGAUUCCAGGACGAAGAUGUUAAGCGGAUGUAUCCCUUCUUGGAGAAAGGAGUCUACAGGUUCUUGAUGGAGUCUUGCUUUGGUCACAUACAGGCUGCAAGGCCUGAUACUUUUGGCUGUGGUUUGAAUGACUCUCCUGUAGGACUGGCCAGCUACUUGGAGAUAUUUUCUACUUGGACUGAUCCGGAAUUCUGUAGUUUAGAAGAUGGAGGACUGGAGAAGAAGUUCACGCUGGRUGAUCUGCUCACCAAUGUAAUGAUCUACUGGGUGUCAGGCUGCAUGGUUUCCUCUGUGCGUGUCUAUACAGAAAAUGUGCAGAAGGGAAAAGGCGCACAGAACCACGAAAAGCUGCCUGUAAAAGUACCUACGGGCAUUGUCCAGGCCUGGGCCUGCAAGAAGUACCUCAACAUCGUCUCCGUCCACCACAUGCCCCGAGCGGGCCACUUCGCAGCGCUGGAGGAACCAGAGCUUCUUGCUGAAGAUAUUCUGCAAUUUCUCAGAAAAGUAGAAAAGCAGCAACUUUGGAAAAGAAAGUAACUCCCCUUAGGGAGAGCAGGCAAGUUUGCCAUGACCUCUGUGAUCAGAUCUUAAUCAAUGUGAGAAUGGGCAGCAAGGAGAAUGCA